UCAGCACUCUAGCUGGAAACCUAGACCCAGGUGAAGAUUUUCUAGAGAAGAUCUUUUGUGUGGUGAUUCAGUUACUGGGGCUUUCACUUUUCCCAUUAAUUGUGGCUAAUGCGCUGAGCUACCUUCAAAAUCUCAAACAAUGGACUGUGAAGCAACUGACAAGCCAGGAACAGAGGAAAUCUGAUGGGCAUCUUGCGUUGAAAGACAGUUUGACUGAGAGCGUUACGGACGCGGAGAGAAUAGCUUUGGUAUCUGACGAGGUGUUCCAGCCAGAAGCCGUGUGGAAACUCCUGGACAUUCAGAUAAUUUGUGCGACUAUGGAGCUUUCAACAGAAACUGUGACACUUGCUGAUGCUGAUGGCAAAGAGCAUGGCGCUAGUUCUAGGGGAACUUGCCCUGUCAAAUCAGCUUUUAAGGCAGUUGAUCUUAUUGUUAAGGAACCGACGACUUUGCUUGAGUACUCAAUGGAUACAGCAACAGAAGGCACUGAUGCCAUUGCAACCACACGAGUUCUUGUCCGUGGAAACGCUCUAACUGGUGAAGAAGUUCAAAGAAACUUCAGUGGAACCGGAGCGAGAAUGAACGUUGUAGUGUCGGGGCUCGAGGCUUAUAUAGAAGCUCUGAACAAAAUGCUCGACUUCAAAGAAAAGUUCCUUCUCGAAACAUCAAAGUCCCUGCCUGAAUGAAAAUCUUUGUGUGAGAGACCAAAGUUAGUUAUCUUUCGAGGUAUAUAGUGUUUGGCAGUAACUCAGUGUUCAAAGUUUGUAUGUAGUUUAUUUGAAACACUUGUUACUAUAAAAA